AUGCCGAUGAUACAAGACGCAGAGGGCAGGAACGUCGUUCCACUUUGGAUUGACGGCAAGCCAGAGCAACUGGAUGCUUCGAAUCACAUCGAAGUCUUCUCUUCAGCACAGGGCAAGGUUGUACACUAUGCCCAAGCAGCGAGCGAAGCGAAUGCCCGCCGAGCCGCGGAUGUUGCUUGGGCUUCAUUCCUCAAAUGGAGACGCACCAAACCCGAAUAUCGCCGAGACCUGCUCUUGAAAGUCGCCGAUUUGUACGAAGCCCGGGCGGCUGAGAUUGCGCACUGGCAGGUCGAAGAGACGUCCUGCUCGGAAGUGUUUGCCCAUUUCAACAUCAAGCUCGCUGUUAGUUCCAUUCGCGAGUUCGCGGCAUCGCUCGCCACGGUCCUGGUCGGUGAAAUCCCACCCAUCCAAGAUGGUUACGGGCUCGUUUUCAAAGAGGCUAUCGGUCCCGUUCUGGUGAUCCCACCCUGGAACAGCAGCAUCAUACUCUCGUCGCGAGGGGUUACGGCUGCACUCGCUGCCGGAUGUACUGUCGUCAUGAAAGCAUCAGAGCUUUGUCCAAGGACUCAUUCGAUGAUUGUUGAGAUCUGGGAGCAGGCCGGGCUUCCAAGUGGAUGUCUCAACCAAAUCCAGGCUGCUCGAAAGGAUGCGUCGGCUGUCACCGAGGCACUGAUUGCUCAUCCUGCGAUACGCAAAGUAGAGUUCAUCGGCAGUGCUUCGGUUGGCCGAGCAAUCGGUCAAAUGGCCAGUAAGCAUUUGAAGCCAAUCCUGAUGGAGUUGGGAGGGAAGAGUCCGGCUAUUGUUCUCGAGGAUGCAAACCUGGCCGAGGCUGCGAAGAAGGUCGCUUUUGGUGCGUUCGUCCAUCAGGGCCAGAUAUGUUUUUCGACUGAGCGAAUCAUCGUGGUGAAGGACGUGGCCGAGGAGUUCAUUCAGGAGUUGAAGAAGCAAAAGUUUGAAGCCGGAUUCGCUGUUUCCAAGAACAUCUCACAGCACGCGCAUGCACUGGUCGAAGAAGCCCAUGGGACAUUCAUCCUGGGAGACAAUUCUUGGCUUGGUGAUGCAUCUUUGACGCCGACGGUCAUUACUGGGGUCGAAGCGGGAGCCAAGAUACGGGACGAGGAGACUUUCGGUCCAUCGGCGACGCUGUAUGUUGUCGAAGAUGCCGAGGAGGCGGUGAGUUUGGCGAACGACAGCGCCUAUGGCUUGAGUGCCACCAUUCACACCAAGGACAUGUUGAAAGCAUUGAAGAUGGCAAGAGAACUUGACUAUGGACAGGUCCAUGUCAACACGCCGACCGUGUAUGACGAGGCGACGCUGCCGGUCUCGGGCGUGAAGGCGAGCGGGUGGGGAAAUCAGAAUGGUAGGUACGGGCUGAGGGAGUAUUUGUAUGAUAAGACGGUUACCUUGCAUGGUGACGAGGGUGAUGGGGGCUUUGGGAGAUGA